GCAGAGAUGCAUGCUGGGAGUCGUAGUGCCCCGAGCGCGGGCUGCGGCGGGCCGCGCGCCCGCGGAACUGCCGCUCCCGUCAGGCCGCCUCACGCCUCCCGCAGCCGGCUGUAGAACUACCGCUCCCGCCGCACCUCGGGGCGCAGCCGCGGCUACAGAGCGGGAGGAAGGACAAAAGGGGUAUCCCCGCCGCCCCCUGCCCCGCACACACGCACACGCCAUCAUAGGUCUCGCCUGAGUACCCUGUCGUUGCCAGUGAGGGGAGCCUGGCGGGGCCCUGCGGAGGAUGGAGGAGAAGCCCUCCGCCAGCAUCAAACCCCACCUGGACAAGCUCACCCUGGGGGUCACGCGGAUACUGGAGACUUCUCCAGGAGUUGCUGAGGUGACGUUUGUGGAAAAGGAGCCAGCUGAACGCCACACAAUCAUUUCAUGGGAGCAAAAAAACUCCUGCGUAUUACCAGAAGAUUUAAAGAACUUCUAUCUGAUGACUGAUGGCUUCCAGAUGACCUGGAGCGUGAAGACCGAUGAUACCCCAAUGCCCUUGGGCUCCAUGGUGAUUAAUAGUGUCUCAAAGCUAUGUCGGCUUGGGGGUUCGUCUAUGUACACUCUGCCUAAUGCACCAACUCUUGCUGACCUGGAAGAUGACACAGAUGAGGAAGGUAAUGGGGACAAACUGGAGAAGCCACACUUUGAUUCUCGUAGUCUUAUCUUUGAAUUAGACCCAUGCAAUGGGAAUGGCAAAGUUUGUCUUGUUUAUAAGCACGCUAAACCAGUUGUCUCCCCAGACACAGAGAUAUGGUUCCUGGACAGAGCUCUGUAUUGGCAUUUCCUCACCAAAACCUUCACAGCCUACUAUCGCCUGCUCAUUACCCACCUGGGUCUCCCACAGUGGCAGUAUGCCUUCACCAGCUAUGGGAUCAGCCCGCAGGCCAAGCAAUGGUUUAACAUGUAUAAACCCAUAACCAUCAACACAGCUCUCCUUUCUGAAGAAGCUGAUUCCUUUGUGAACAAGCUGGACCCCAAUAAGGUAUUUAAAAGCAAGAACAAAACAGCAGUGAUGAAAAAGAAACCACCCUCCCAGCCAGCAGGCUCCCAAAAGAGUCACACAAGCAUGACCUCCACCAAGACAUCCUCCCUAGCUGGAAAUUCUUCAAGGAAGUGACCCGAGAUCUGACCCUGGACAGCAUUUGCAAUAAGCUUUGGUGUUCUCUGAUGCAGAGUCUCAGUGGUUCAGACCAAGUUCCUUGUGCAUGAAGUUGUGCCCAUGGAAAACACAUUGCAGCAUUUGCAUGAAAUAUAGCCAUGAUGUACUUUGACAUGGGAGGGAUGUAGUUACUGGACACUGAGGAAAAACUUGAUACAAUUAUUUUAUUCCCUUCUACUACUUGCAGCAUGUUCUUUUCAGAGGGCAUGAAGAAGCCCUUGAUAUCACAGCUCUAUAGGGAACUUUUUUUCCUGUGCAACUGCAGCAGUGAAACGAAAGCAAAUGUAAUUCAUCGUUACUUUAAUAGACGCUUGCUGAAAUACAGUGUGAAGAUUUUUCUGCCAUCUCCUUUGAAAGAAACCUGUCCUGACCUUGCAUGCUCUGGGAGCAGGCAGGAACCCGCUGAACAAAGAAAUAUCCUCUGCUUCAGACAGAAUCAAACUCUGCACUUCCCUGUGCUCCUUCCAACUUCUGCUCUGAGAUUCACGUUACAAAGAGACCUGGGGUUCCAUGCCUCUGCAUUGGCCUAAUCGCUUGCUCUACAGCUCAGACCACUUUUUGGCCUUUGUGCAGUAUCUUCUCAGAUAGUGAUGUCUGUGUGAUCUCCUUCCCAAUAAACCUGAAGACAGCCAGAAGGUGCAAGAUCCCUCAUUGCCUCUGCUUUCUCUUCUUGUGGGAACUGCUAAGGCAGGGUGUGUCAGUGGUGUUAAGAAUCCUGUUAGCCAGGAGGACAUGUUAGUUUGUCACACAUACAUUUGCAAAGUUAACAAUUCAAACAUCCUUCUCAAUUGGGCACUAUCUGACAAGAGGCCACUGAGAUACUGUACACUUAGAAGCCCCUGAUGCUCUUUUCUGUACUGUAAGUUUUCAGAUUAGAACUGCACUUUAGUCUGCCCACUGCUGAGUUUCAGUUCAUCUGAUUAUUUCCUGUGCCAUUCUGUCAUCUUAGAUGUGCUGGAAACACAUGGUAGCGACCAACUCAUUUUGUGUCUAAGCAGGGAAAUCAAAGUCACCGUCUUCAAAUGAACAUUGAUUAUUUAAAUAGCAUCAUCUUUUAUUUAUGAAACAGUCACAUAAUUACAUAAGACAAACCUACCUCACAGGGAUGUUGUGAGGCUUUCAUGAGUAUUUGUGUGGCCUUCAGAAAGACAAAGCCACCCUGUAAGUGCUUAAUAGUAUUUUAAUAAAUAUGUUUUUAAUAAAUAUGUUAAUAACUUCCUCCAGA